CGGCUUUUCACGGGCCACGUCACGUCACGGAGGGGGCAGAUCGGAUUCCUGAGCGCUGCUCGAGUUCCUGCGAUCACAUCCUCAGAUCCACAUCCACAGCGGAGCGAGACGCCGCGCUUUCCUCCUCCAGCUCACUCAAUCGGCUCUUUUUACAAAAAUGAUGUUUCGCUGUGUACCCGUGUUUUUCCUCCUGGCUGUAGUCUGCUGUCAUGCCGAGCAGGAGACUCAGAGCAAAUCAAAGGUGUGUGCUAAUGUGUUCUGUGGUGCUGGGAGAGAGUGUGCCGUGAAUGAGAAAGGAGAGCCCAGCUGUCUGUGCAUUGAGCAAUGCAAGCCUCAUAAGCGCUCAGUGUGUGGCAGUAAUGGAAAAACAUACCGUAACCACUGCGAGCUGCACCGUGACGCCUGCCUUACUGGUCUCAAGAUCCAAGUAGCCCAUGACGGACACUGCAAAGAGAAGAAGCAGGAGAAAGCCGCGGCCAGCCCAGUUGUGUGUUAUGUUGCUGACCGUAAUGAGCUGCGCAGACGUGUGAUCGACUGGCUGCAGACCGAGGUUGUUCCAGACGGCUGGUUCACGAAGGGCUCCAACUUCACUGAUAUCCUCCUCAAGUACUUCAAGAAUUAUGAUAGCGGAGACUCUCAGCUGGAUUCUGCAGAGCUGCUCAAGUUCAUUCAGCACAAUGAAACCGCGGUUCAGAUGAACUCUUACGCUGAAGAGGAGAACAACCGCCUGCUCAGGAGUCUUUGUGUGGACGCUCUUAUUGAGCUCUCAGAUGAGAACGCAGACUGGAAACUGAGCUUUGAUGAGUUCCUCAACUGCCUGAAACCAGGCUUCAACCCUCCUGAGAAGAAGUGUGCUCUGGAAGAUGAGACCUAUGAGGAUGGAGCUGAGACGCAGGUGGAGUGCAACCGCUGCGUCUGCGCAUGUGGAAACUGGGUCUGCACUGCCAUGACUUGUGAUGAGAAAAGCCCAGUUAUUGACACUGAUGGGGAUCAGGAGAUGACUGAAGAGGAAUGGACCCGCCGUGUGGCUGAGCUCAACAAGCAUCAGGAGACUGUGGAGAAGAUGAAGACCAGCACAAAGGAGGUCUAAACUAGAACAGAGACACAAGGAGGGAGAUGACGUGGACGAAUUCCGCUCCUACUGAUCACAAUCAGGAUUCCUGAGAUUAUGUACUGUUAAUGGAAGAAUCACACCAUUUUCUAUAGAUAGGUUAUUACUUUUAUUGCUAUCCAUACUGCAUCUAUUCUCUGGUUAAUGUGUUUUAUGUUACGGUUUACUUUUCUACGUAUUUCAUUAGCUUUGUUGGUUCAUUUGUGUGUCUUUGAGUGCUGUAAAUUGAUUGUGUCACUCCAAACAGGCCUUGGCACUUUAUAAUGGGGGCCCUUGUUUUAUUCACUAUUGUUUGAUUUUAUAUAUCAUUCUUUAUACCAUUUAUUUGUUUGUCUAUCUACAGUUAUAUGUGGACAUAUGUUAUUUUUUUAUUUUUAUUGAGACAAUGGCAAUGAAAAAAGAACAGGAUAUGGUUCGAGAGUGAUGCUGAGAGAGCGAAACAACACGGGUUCAUCCAUCAAACUAUGUUUUUAGAGCUUCAGAACGAGAGAUAUCCUUUAGUCAGAUGGUAGAUACUCAUGCUAGUAGGAGCUUGAUGGAUGUAAAUGCAAACUAAAUGAAGCUAAUCGUGGCCGCUCUCUCUUUCACUCUCAUCUUGAAGGCAGUCAUAGUCUUGAGACCUUUCGUAAAGGUGCUAAUGUUAGUAUUCCUCUGUUUGCUGCUUUGCUCUCUUGCUUUAGACGGUAGAUAACGCUCGGUAGGAUAUACAACACUAGAAGCAGAGACAGCGUGGCUCAGUGGAGAGAGCAGGCAAUACCUUUGAAUUUAAUAUCAUUUUGGGAAAACAAACCCACCAUGUUAUUAUUACUUGGCUAACAUUCUUUUUCUGCCAUUAGCGGCUUCGAUUAGAGUAGAUCACCUCCAUUAGUAGAAACCUGCUGCACAGAUGCAUUGGCUACGCUUGAGCUUGUAUUUAUAUUAGUUGCUAGAGGCAGUUCAUGCUGAAACUCUCACGCUGUGCUCAGUCCCACCAAAAACGAACUAACAAACCAGAUUUAUAAGAAAUAAAGCUGUUGGGACUGAGUACAGAUGGAGUGAUCUGAAACCAAAGCCUGAUGUUUAGGAUGUUUAAAUUGUUGUACGAAAACCUCCAGGUGUACCACUACUCUGGACCCAGCAACUACUUUAUACCUUUUACGUAAAAAAACUGUCAGAAUAAGGAUUAGAUUCGCUAUUGCCUCUGUAGUGUAGCUGCAUUCUUACCCACUCUAGAGAAUUUGUGUGUAUGUAUGCAAAAUGCAUUUGUGUGUCUGUGUGUGUGUGUUAGAUCGUUUAAUUUCCACUAAAUUCCACUAGCAGUAUACGGAUCCUUUGUGGUAAUGAGUGCCUUAUAUACACAAACAAACCGUGUGCCAUGGAUGAAGUGGCUUCUUCUGUAGGUAUAAACCACCUAAUAUAGGACACAGUGCACAUGAAUUUUCCAGUAUUACGGUAGACAACUAGCAAUUGCCUUUUAUAUGUCUGUAUGAUUGUCUUAUUCAAUGGGGCAGUAUUAAAACACUUUAUUGUAAAAA